UAAUUGUAAUUUACCAUGCCUUAUGGCAGGCAAAUCCACACACAUCCACACAUUUUACCAACUGAUUACAGAUGUCGUAUCAGAACGAAGUAAAAAUAAAUAAAUAAACAAAUAAAUAAAUAAAUAAAUAAAUAAAAAAUCCCCAUCACGCAGUCGGUGGACUCUCCCACAUUUUACUUUCGGUUCAGCCAUCUCACGGUCAGUAGGAAUCUUGACCACAUGAGAAAUAAGAUGAUGAAGUUAGUGUUGCUGCUUCUCUUGUGUCACUUUUCAUCAUCAGUGAAACACUCACUGAAGUUUUACGUCACUGCCUCCUCUGGAGACCCAAACCUUCCAGAGUAUAUGAGCAUAGGACGGAUUGAUGACAUCCAGGUGGGAUACUGUGAUGGCAGCAAGAAGAUAUUAGAAACAAGACAGGAGUGGAUGAAAAAAAUAGUCGAUGACAAUCCACAAAUCUGGAAAUGGCAAAUGCAGGACUGUUUUGAGAUUCUACCUCCCCUCUUCAAAAACAGACUGAACAGUUUAAUCCAGCUCUUCAACCACAGUGAAGGUUCAGGUGUUCACAUUUUACAGCUUUUGGACGGUUGUGAAUGGGAUGAAACGACUGGAGAGUUUACUGGUUUUUCACGGUUUGGUUAUGAUGGAGAAGACUUCAUUGAACUGGAUCUGAAGACGUUGACGUGGACCGCUCUGAGACCAGAGGCUGAAAUUAUCAAACAGAAAUGGAAUGAAGAUACUGUUGAAAUAAAAGACUAUGUGGAAUUAUUCACUGGAAUUUAUCCUGAGUGGCUGAAGUUGAGUUUGAAGUAUGGGAACAGCUCUCUGCUGAGAACAGACGUCCCCUCAGUGUCUCUCCUCCAGAAGACUCCCUCCUCUCCAGUCAGCUGCCACGCUACAGGUUUCUACCCUGACAGAGCCAUGAUGUUCUGGAGGAAAGAUGAAGAGGAGAUUCAUGAAGGAGUGGAACAUGGAGAGAUCCUCCCCAACCAUGAUGGAUCCUUCCAGAUGAAUGCUGACCUGGACAUUUCAUCAGUCUCACCUGAAGACUGGAGGAGGUACGACUGUGUGUUUCAUCUCUCUGGUGUGGAGGACGACAUCAUCACCAAACUGGAUGAAACACAGAUCAGAACCAACUGGGAGAAGCCCAGUAACAUGACUACCUCCAUCAUCAUCUCUGCAGUGAUUGUUGUUGUCGUCUUUGCAGCAGCUGCUGGAUUCAUGGUUCAUAGAAAGAAACAAGACCAACGUCAACCACCUGAUCCCGAGAACAGCUCUGAGCUCUCUGAGAAAAGGAUGAAAACGUUGUUGUUGCUGCUUCUCUUGUGUCAUGUUUCAUCAUCAGUGAAACACUCCCUGAAGUUUUACUUCACUGCCUCCUCUGGAGUCCCAAACCUUCCAGAGUUUAUGAUCGUAGCAGAGGUUGAUGACAUCCAGGUGGGAUACUGUGAUGGCAGCAAGAUAUUAGGAAUAACAUAUCACAUUAAAAUACCUGUUGAAAAUCCUCAAAUCUGGGAAUGGCAAAUUGAGCAGUGUUUUGAGACUGAACCUCCCUCCUCCAACAACGCACUGAACAGUUUGAUCCAGCUCUUCAACCACAGUGAAGGUUCAGGUGUUCACAUUUUACAGAGGAUAGAAGGUUGUGAAUGGGAUGAAACGACUGGAGAGUUUACUGGUUUUGUACAGUAUGGUUAUGAUGGAGAAGACUUCAUUGAACUGGAUCUGAAGACGUUGACGUGGACCGCUCUGAGACCAGAGGCUGAUAUUAUCAAACAGAAAUGGGAUGAAGAUACAGUUAGAAUGAAACGCAAUGAGGAAUUACUCACUCAGAAGUGUCCUGAGUGGAUGAAGAUGAAUUUGAAGUAUGGGAACAACUCUCUGCUGAGAACAGACGUCCCCUCAGUGUCUCUCCUCCAGAAGACUCCCUCCUCUCCAGUCAGCUGCCACGCUACAGGUUUCUACCCCGACAGAGCCAUGAUGUUCUGGAGGAAAGAUGGAGAGGAGAUUCAUGAAGGAGUGGAACAUGGAGAGAUCCUCCCCAACCAUGAUGGAUCCUUCCAGAUGAAUGUUGACCUGAACAUUUCAUCAGUCUCACCUGAAGACUGGAGGAGGUACGACUGUGUGUUUCAUCUCUCUGGUGUGGAGGACGACAUCAUCACCAAACUGGAUGAAACACAGAUCAGAACCAACUGGGUGAGGCCCGAUAACCAGAUCUCCAUCUUCACCACCACCACCAUCAUCUCUGCAGUGGUUGUUGUUGCUGUUGUCAUCGUUGCAGCAGCUGUUGGAUUCAUGGUUCAUAUGACAACAAAUGGCAAAACUUUGGUGGCGCUGGAAAAAAAUCAGGAGAUCAAAUCAUCAUUUCAAAUGUUAACGGACUUUAAUAGUAAUACAUAGUACAUGCGUGCAUGAUCAUUUUAACACACACAACAAAAUAUAUCCCAAAAUAAAAAAUAUAUUACUAAUAAUUUUAAAAGAAACAAGAGGUGAAUUUUAUUUGAAGUCUUCGGAUAUUUGUAGUGUUUAAACUUCCACACAAGUCAGCACCGUCCUGGAGAAGAGUUAAUCAAGAAACAGAUCUAAAUAGGUCAAUACUACAUGAAAUAUAUUCAUAUGAAAUUACAUCAUUAUAAACAUCACGUUUAAAAUUAUUCAGGCGUCAUCAACUUUAAAAUAUGUCUGUUAGAAAGCCCACGCUGUUGAUUUAUUGUUCACUUGUUUUUUGAAUAAGUUCUAUUCAGUAAUAGCUUGUUUCUCUGUAACUUCUCAUUUGUCCCGUACUCGUGAAUGCACCAUGGCCGUUAUUGAAUGCACCACGUCUGGAAAAUACAGUGAAAACAGUGUCAGUUGUUCUCUUGAUGUAGGAGCGGAUAUAAUGCAAUUUAUUUGCUUUCUCCACCUUUUCACCAGUUUGUUGUUGUGUGUAAAUGCCAGAAGGUGAGUGUAAUGAUGUUAUACUGUCUAAGUUGGAUGUUAUUUUGGAGUCGGAGUACAUUGUUUAGUUCUGCAUUAGUUAAUGCUAUUUAGCCUGAUGUGCUGCUAAUAAGCCAAGUCCGUAUUAUUUACAUGAGAGCUGGAUACAGUAACCUUAGUUAAUUCAUUAUUUCGUGAUUUCAUUAUGUUUUUCGGUAUUAUGUAUGGUUUUGUCAUGUUGAUGUUUAUUGUUAUUGUUGUAUUUGUAUUACAGACCACAGUUAAAUAAAUCACCCUUUAACUAGA